AACUUUGACACUACACUUCCUCUGCAGCUUCACAUGCAGUUACUGUUUACUCCCAUUUUUUAAAAUAUUUGCUAACUUUGUAAGCUCAUGCUUCUUUUACCCGCGGCUUUGUGGUUUAAAGUCUUGCUUUUUUUUUUUUUUUUUUUUUAACUGUACUUUGCAACUCUUUCUCGGAAUUAAACCCUAACUUGUUGUCUCUGCGCAAUGGCGUGUUGUGGUAAAUACCAGGUGUCAGAGGAAAAAAUCCCUAACGGCAGGCUAUGGAGGCCACUUAUUUACAGAAGAUGUACUGACACAACAUGGCUAAUUAUGUUCUUCAUUUUCUGGGCAGGAAUGAUGUUUAUAACUGGUUAUGCGGUAACGGCCGGAGCUACCGAGAGGCUGCUGUUCGGCUAUGACAGCUAUGGGAAUGUCUGCGGACGGAGAAACUCUCCUAUCAAAGGAGCACCUCUUUCAGGACAGGACAUGACUGAUCGGAAGGAGGUGUUUUUUCUUAAUUCUUGCAACCUCGAAAUUCGAAAUAUGAAAAUAAAUUCAAUCGCUUUGUGUGUCUCGAGCUGCCCACGGGAGCAACUUAACAAUACGAAGGAAGUCCAACGUUUUGCUGAAAGAAACGGGUCCUAUCUUUGUGUGUACAGUUUAAACAGUUCAGAGUAUACUCUAAAUGCCAAUGCAGCAGAACUCUGCCCCAUGCUGCCUGUGCCUCCAAGCGAAUCAUUCCCACUCUUCAGACGGUGUAUACCUCAAACACCAGAGUGCUACUCACACUUUGUGCCAGUUCUGAUCAAUGCUGUCAAUGAAAUGGACCUUUUUCAUCGGAUUAUAGCUGGAAUCAUGACAAGCAAAGACAGUAUCAUAGGACUUUGUGUGCUUGCAGUAGUGUUCUCUUUCAUAAUGGUGGCCAUCUUUAGAUUUAUUGCAACAAUACUGGUUCACAUUUUAAUAGCUCUGGAUACGUUUGGUCUGUUGUUUGUGUCCAGUGUUCUAUGGUGGCUUUAUUAUGACCAUGUGACGGAUCCCAGCAUUGAACUGGAAUCAGAAAAAGAGAACAGCAAGUUUUUACUGGCCUUUGCUGUCGGCACUACAACUAUAUCAAUAAUCAUCUUUGUUUUAAUCUUGGUAAUGUGGAGAAGACUGAAGCUGAUCACUGAGCUGUUCCGAGUGGCCAAUGAAACAGUCAGCACUGUCCCGCUACUGCUGCUGCAGCCAGUCUGGACCUUCAUUAUCCUUAUCUUCUUUUGGACCUACUGGGUGGCUGUGCUGCUCAGUCUGGGCACUGCAGGCACUGCCUAUGCCACUAAUGGUGGCCACGUGGAGUACAAGCCUCUCUCUGCUAUCCGGUACAUGUGGUGGUACCAUUUAUUUGGACUGAUCUGGACCAGUGAGUUCAUCCUUGCCUGCCAGCAGAUGAUCAUAGCUGGAGCAGUGGUUUCCUGUUACUUCAACAGGGACAAAAAUAAUCCACCCAGCCACCCAAUCCUGUCUUCAAUAUCUAACCUCUCCAAUUAUCACCUCGGCACAGUGGCAAAAGGCUCCCUUAUUAUCACUUUAGUGAGGAUACCACGGGUCGUUCUCACGUACAUCCACAGCACUUUACAAAGCAAGGACAAUGCCUGUGCCAGAUGCAUGGUCAGAAGCUGUACUUGUUCCCUAUGGUGUCUGGAAAAGUGUCUGCGUUAUUUAAACCAGAAUGUGUACUCGGCUACUGCCAUCAACGGAACAGAUUUCUGCACAUCAGCAAAAGAGGCGUUCUUCAUUCUAGUAAAGAAUUCAGUAAACAUAGCAGCCAUCAACAGUUUUGGAGAUUUCCUGCUAUUCCUUGGGAAGGUUUUUGUUGUUUGUUUUACCUGCUUUGGAGGUCUGAUGGUUUUCAACUACCAGCGAGCACUCCAGGUCUGGGUGGUUCCUCUGCUGCUUGUUGCGUUUUUCUCUUACUUCGUUGCCCACUGCUUCCUUUCAGUGUUUGAGAGGGUGGUGGACUUGCUUUUUCUAUGUUAUGCCAUUGAUCUGGAAACCAAUGAUGGGUCUGCUGACAAACCCUAUUUCAUGGAUAAAGCUCUGAUGGAAUUUAUAAACAAAAGCAGUGAAGAAGCAGGAAAAGUGAGAAAUCCAAAACGUGGAAACCCUGCUGGAACAGAAAUGCACCCGAUGGUCUGAGAAUCACAAAUUUCAUCUGUUUCUUUUUCUUAUUGUAAAUAAAACUUAUUUGAAUGUUUUUAUUUUUACUUUAACUGUUUAUUCCUGUGUUGUAUAGUAUGUUUGUAGAGCAGGUAGAUCUUGUAUGGCUGAGAUUGGUUCAUUAAGGGGUAGAUGUAAGGAUAGGGGCAAAGUGAUUUGUGGGUCAAAAACCCAAUAAAAAU